AUUGCUAGUCAUCAGCAACUACUCAUUUCUAUGGUCCUAAAGAAGAAAAGAAAAGAGACAACAAUAAUAAUGUCUGGUGAGGGGGUAGGGGCUCGUGCUACUUCAGCCCAACAUGGUGCUGUGGAGUCCCCGACGUCCAUCCAUCGCUCUGCCGAUUACCAACCUAGCGUUUGGGGGCAUCAUUUCCUCGCCUAUGCUUCUGAUCACCACUCCCAGAAAACUUACGAUGCAAAAGAGCAACAAUUAUUUCAAAAGCUUAAGGAAGAAGUGAGGAGGUUGCUAGCAGUUACUACUACUUCUAUACACUUUGAAAUGCUAUACUUGAUUGAUGUCAUUCAACGUCUAGGAGUGUCUUACCAUUUUGAGAUUGAGAUUGACCAAGCGCUAAAAAAAUUUCAUAACACAUUCCUCGAAAGCAUUGAUGGAGAUAAUAAUGAUGAUCUUGAGACUGUUGCUCUCCGAUUUCGUUUGCUUCGACAAGAAGGCUAUUUUGUUUCAUGUGAAGUAUUCAACAAGUUUAAGGAUAACAAAGGCAGUUUCAAGGAAUCCCUUGUUAGCAAUGUGCGAGGAAUUUUAAGUUUGUAUGAAGCCACGCAUCUUAGGAUUCGAGGAGAAGAUGUCCUUGAUGAAGCACUUACUUUCACAACCUCUCACCUUGAGUCCUUGGCAACCCACUUGAGCACCCCACUUGCAGAACAGGUAAAACAUGCUUUGAAACAGCCCAUCCACAAGGGUUUACAGAGGUUGGAGGCAAGACGUUACAUGCCAAUUUACCAGAAAGAAAAGUCACAUAACAAAGACCUACUAAUGUUUGCAAAGUUAGAUUUCAAUCUAUUGCAAAACGUGCACCAGAGAGAGCUUGGUGAUAUUGCAAAGUGGUGGAAAGAUUUGGAUUUUGCCAAUAAGCUUUCUUUUGGAAGAGAUAGAGUGGUUGAAUGCUACUUUUGGAUAUUGGGAGUAUACUUUGAGCCUCAAUAUUCCCUCGCUAGAAGGAUACUUACCAAAGUAAUUGCCAUGACUUCAUUUAUGGAUGACAUCUAUGAUGUGUAUGGUACACUUGAAGAGUUAGAGCUGCUUACAAAUGCAAUUGAGAGGUGGGAUAUCAGUGCCUUAGAUCAAUUACCAGAGUACAUGAAAGUAUACUAUCAAGCACUCCUAGAUGUUUAUAAUGAAAUUGAGGAAGAAAUGAUAAAGGAAGAAAGAUUGUAUCGCAUGUACUAUGUCAAAGAAGCAAUGAAAAGUCAAGCAAGAGUGUAUUUAGCUGAAGCCAAAUGGUUCCAUGAGAAACACAUGCCCACGAUGGAGGAAUACAUGCGCCUUGCAGUACUCACCGCUGGCUAUCCAAUGUUAGCAACGACAUCAUUGGUUGGAAUGGGAGAUAUUGUAACAAAAGACACCUUUGAAUGGAUAGUAGCAAAUCCUAACAUUGUCACUGCUUCAUCAAUAAUAAGUAGACUAAUGGAUGACAUGGUAUCCCACAAGUUUGAGCAAAAAAGAGGACAUGUUGUCUCUGCUGUUGAGUGUUACAUGAAUGAAUAUGGUGUUUCCGAGAAGGAUGCCCAAGAUGAAUUUCACAAACAAGUAACAAAUGCAUGGAAGGAUAUCAAUGAAGAAUGUCUUCCUCCAACUACUGUCUCCAUGCCCAUCCUCAAACGAAUUAUUAAUCUUACCCGUGUGCUUGAUGUUGUAUAUAGGAAUGAAGAUGCCUACACUAAUGCUGGAACUGUGUUGAAAGAUCUUAUAGCUUCAUUGCUAAUUGAUCCUGUGCCUGUAUUAUAAAAAUGGGUAUAUGUUGUUCAUUACUAAAUGCUUUGUUUUAUCUAUAAAGUUAUUGUUGUUUGUUUGUUAUGCUCUUUAGAUGCAAGGAUAAUGGAUUGUAAUAUUGUUUCAACAUCUUAAAUUAAUGAAAUAAAAUUACAUGUCAAAUUAAUAUCCUA